AUGUUGGAAAGAAGAUUACCAACCUCUCUGGAACAUCUGUCUUACUUGUCCCUUGCUCAAAACAAAAUUUCUGGUCCCAUUCCAUCAUCGAUAGGGGAGAUGUCAUAUUUGAAAUUCUUUGAUGUUUCAAAAAAUCAAUUAACCGGUCAAAUUCCAUUGUCUAUAGGGGAUUUAUCAUCUUCGGAGUUCUUUGAUGUUUCAGAAAAUGAAUUAAAUGGUACUUUUCCUCCAUGUUUUGGACAGCUGAAAAGUUUGGAAACUCUGGGUUUUGGGUAUAAUCUAUUUGAAGGAGUUGUAUUAGAAACCUACUUUUCUAAUCUCACAAGAUUGACAGCUCUGAGGGCAUCACAAAAUAGACUUAGAUUUGAACCAAACUCAAGCUGGAUUCGCCCAUUUCAAUGUCACACUAUUGAAUUGGGUCACUGGCAUCUUGGCCCAAAGUUUCCCCAGUGGUUAAAAUUCCAAAAGAAAUUGUCUACUAUGGAUAUCUCUGAUGCAGGAAUUUUAGAUGUCUUGCCCACUUGGUUUUUGAACCUUCCCAUUCAGUUUGAUUCUUUAGAUCUUUCCUAUAAUCAACUUCGUGGAGAGGUUUCAUAUUUGACUGUAACAUUCUCUAUUGACUUGAGUUCAAACCGCUUUACAGGUCCAUUGCCAAGAUUAGUUUCAAAUUUAAGAUAUUUAUUUUGGUCAAAUAAUUCAUUUUCUGGAUCCCUUUCUGAAUUAAUUUGUAAUCCAUCGUUAACGAGGAUUCGAGCUAUUGACAUUGAAACAAAUCUACUCAUUGGAGAAAUUCUAGAUUGUUGGAAUCAUUGGGGAAGUUUAGCUAAUUUAAAUUUGGGAAGCAAUAAUUUGAAGGGUAAAAUCCCACCUUCUUUAGGGCAUAAAAAUCUUGUAGUGCUAAACCUUCAAAACAAUAGCAUGUUUGGAGAAUUGUCAUCCACAUUGCAAAAUUCUACAAGAUUGAUUAUGCUUGAUCUUAGUGAAAAUCAUUUCAAUGGAAAUGUACCUGCAUCGAUUGGUGAAAAGAUCUCGAACCUUGUGGUUCUAAGCCUUCGAUCAAAUAACUUUGAUGGUCAUAUUCCUUACAAAAUUUGUGAUCUUCACUAUCUUCAAAACUUGGACCUUGCCCACAACAACAUUUCAGGAGUUAUUCCAAAAUGUUUCAAUAAUUUAAGUGCAAUGGCCACAAAAUACAAAACCAAUAAAAAAGUUUAUGGGGUGUAUUCAGUUGUUUACUCAUUUUAUUUGAGUGCAUUAUUGGUGUUGAAAGGAAGAGAGGAUGAAUAUGGUACCACACUAGGACUUGUUACCAACAUGGACCUUUCAGCUAACAGUCUCACAGGAGAGAUUCCCAAAGAAAUUGGUAGUCUCGUUGGACUAUUGUCUUUAAAUUUUUCAGGGAAUCUCCUAACAGGAAAUAUACAAGACAACAUUGGCAACAUGGAGUUAAUGGAAUCUCUUGAUGUUGAAAAGUCAAUUAAAGGGUGA